AUGCCGAAGAUCCAGGCGGUGUGCGAACUGGAAUCGCAAAGCAUGCUGGUCGAAGGUUAUGGCGUCGGGGCGUCGGGGCGUCGGGGCGCCUUCAAAAAGGUGAGUAUUCAAGUCCAUUUUAUGUUUUAUUUAAGACAAUAUUAAGUUCAGGUUUUACAGAAUGUUUGAGAUAAACCCUUAUACGAAAGCGUAAUGUGUUGAUUUGGCGCAACUCUUGCGUUAUACAUGUGUUUUGAGACAAAGUGUAAUUGCGUAAAUUGCCCUGUUUUGGCGUUGAUGUUAGUAUCCCUUAUUCAUUUUACUUUUAUGUGUAAAACAAAAAUGGUAUUACUUUGAUAUUUGGCUUAAUCGCAUGUUUAACUGCUUUUCUAUAACUACUAAACGCUCUCCAUAAUUACGUGUGGUUUUUUCAAUUUUAAAAAUUGCUAUAUUUUAUUGUUUAGUGAUACACUGAUACCACGACUUCCAAGAGACCUGCGGUUGUGGAAGGCAACACACCGGAAAAACCCGAGAAAAAGCGACCAACUGUUAAAGGGAGUUCGAGAAAAAGCCUUUUUACGGAUGAGAAACUACCAACAAAUAAGCAUCAGUGGUCUGUGGAAGAAACUUCAGCGUUAAUUCAAUAUAUUUGUUUAUUUUGGGAAGAUGCUGACACAGACAGAUGGCCUAUGCAAAGAGAUAAGUAUAGUUCUGGGAUGACUGUGCUGAUGCAGUGA